UAGAGGCGCCAAGAUGGACGCCCUGCGCGCCCGGGAGCAGCUCCGGCGGCGCUACCUGUUCUCGCUCGACGCCGAGGCCUCGCGGGACGGCAGAGACCACGCCGGGCCGGGAACCUCUGCAGCUGCUGAGAAAAAGCAGAAACCGCUUCCGAGACUUAAUAUUCAUUCAGGAUUCUGGAUAUUGGCAUCCAUUGUUGUGACCUAUUAUGUUGAUUUCUUUAAAACUGUUAAGGAAAACUUUCACACUAGUAGUUGGUUUCUCUUUGGCGGUGCCUUGUUACUUCUCAGCUUGUCCAUUGCACUGUACUGCAUUCUCUACCUGGAAUGGUGUCGUGGGAUUGCAGACUAUGAUGUCAAGUAUCCAGCCUUGAUUCCCAUUACAACUGCUGCUUUUAUCGUAGCGGGACUUUGCUUCAACAUCGCUCUGUGGCCCGUGUGGUCGUUUUUCACCCCGCUGGUGUUGUUUACCCAGUUCAUGGGCGUCGUAAUGUUGAUCUCACUCCUUGGAUGAUUUCUGAAGGUUCCAGGGCAUGAAAAUGUAGCGCCAACGAUGAAACAUCCAGCUGGCUGAAAGCUUGCUGAACAUGGAAAAGCAUCUCGAGUGAGUGGUUUUCUGGGAAGAAUUGUAACUUCAUUGAUCUGUGGUUGAAAUCAGAAUAAAUUAUAUUUUAUUUGCAUAGUCUUAAACUCAGAUGAUUAUUGAAUUGUUCAGAUUCAGAGUAGGAAUAUUCUCUUCAAAAUGGAAAUAACUAAUCUGCAGUGUUCAUCUUUGAGUCUGGGGAAGCGUUGGUGUACAGUUAAGUGAAGCUUCGCCAUAGGUGUGGCGCGCGUGCCCCGCGUUGUGGAUGGAGCUUCACUCCGCGCGGGGGCGGCGCGCCUGUGCCUUCACCGCAGGUGGGCAGGUGCCGGAGCUCCCUUGUUAAAGCCUCGCUGGGCGAGGACCGCUGAACGGACUUCAUGCAUUCCUGCCACUUUGGAUUUUGUCAUUGUGUAAAUUACUGGGUUUUUAGCAUGUUUAACGUACGAACUUUUAAUGAUCU